GUGCAUGCAGAUGAUGAACACGCCGCUUCCUGCCUUUACGCGUACUGGUGGUGAUGAUGGUGAUGAUGGGCGGCGCGGCGCGGCGCGGCGGACCGGAGGAGAAGUGCUUGUUGUGCGUUUGCGUUAACGCAGCCUUUCAGUCUCAAGGGAGCGUUUGGGAGUUUGGCAUUCUAGUGUUCUUCUGUUCUCAUGUUCUCCUCUUAAUGGCGACCGAUCAGUGGCGUUCUGGCGAUGGCAUGUGAUCGCUGAUGGACGCACUGCAUGUGGCACCUGCAAAUCAGUCACUGGGGUCUUGGGAAAGAAAACUGAACUGAAGACACGUCUGCAUUCUUGCUUAGCUGGUUCUCUUUCAUUAUGUCUACUAAAAAGGCGUCCAUGUCGGAUAAUGAGGUUAAAAACGGAACGUCGAGAAACAUGCUGGAACGAUGCGCUUCUGUUAAUGAAUAUUUUGACAUUUCCUUUAAGGUGAUGCUGCUUGGAGACUCGGCAGUCGGGAAGACCUGCGUUCUGGUCCGUUUUAAAGAUGGUGCCUUUCUGGGAGGGAACUUCAUUGCCACCGUCGGGAUAGACUUUAGGAACAAGGUGGUAGCGGUGGAUAACAUGAAAGUCAAGCUGCAGAUUUGGGACACGGCAGGACAGGAAAGAUUCCGCAGUGUCACUCAUGCCUACUAUCGAGACGCACAGGCUCUCCUUCUCCUGUAUGACAUUACAAGAAAAUCAUCUUUUGACAAUAUCAGGGCCUGGCUGACUGAAAUUCAUGAGUACGCACAGAAGGAUGUGGUCAUCAUGUUGCUUGGCAACAAGUCAGACAUGGCAGCUGAGCGAGUCAUUAAGCUUGAGGAGGGACAGAAGCUGGCCAAGGAGUAUGGAGUUCCUUUCAUGGAGACGAGUGCCAAGACGGGUGUUAAUGUGGAGCUUGCUUUCCUCGCCAUAGCAAGAGAGCUGAAGCAAAGAGAAGCCCAACAGCCUCAUGAGCCCAAGUUCCAGAUCCAUGAUUACAUCGAGUCCCAGAAACAGAAGUCCAACUGUUGUGGUGCACUCGUGUGACGACUUCACCUACUCGUACCUGAGCGAGGGAGGAAGAGGCGAAACAAUAAGGAUGAAAGCAACACCAACUAAUCCAUGAAGAAACACCGUGAUGUCUCAGUGAUAAUGGUGUGAAGAGACAUAUUUAUUUGGAUGUGUGUGGCAUUAAUCCCGUUUUGCUUUUACCAUCAGGUGCAGACUUUGUCUGUCUUUGUUCUCUGGCUGUAAUUAAUGGUAAUGGAGCUUAGAGUGCUGAGGUAGACUGCAGCUGUGUGUGGCUUCUCCAAGCACUCGUAUUGUUUUGUUUUUUUAUUAAAUAAAGCAACCCGAACCCUUUGUUCAGUCUAUUGCGCGUUUUAGUUCACUUGUGAUGACUCUAUUUUUCUCUCAUCAUGCUCUCUCUUAAUUUUUAAUAGUAAUGUUGAUGUAAAUGUCAGAAAUCCUGCUCUAAGCACGUUGACAAACUGAAAUUGAACCACUAACAUUGAAAAAUGUUCUAAGCCAUAUUUCUGUGUUAAAGAACUUGUAUAUAGAAAUUUGUGGUUUUAGAGUUAUACAUUGUUUUUGUGUUAGGUGUAUUGUGGGACCCAGAGUGAAGUGUUUUUCUGGAACUUAAUUCAAAAAGCAAAUCAAUGGACUUUCACACCACCUUUACACUUAGCAUCUAUCUGUGACUUUUUUGUUGUUGUUUUUUAAGAGAAAGUUCCACUGAGCAGGCAGUUUGGUCAUGUUUUUUUCUGAUUGUAAAAUGCAGUUCACUGUCAUCUGUAUAAACAUCUGGUUUGUAUUUCAAGCUUUGUGAGGUAUUUAAACGAUCAAAUCUUGCUGUUGAAUUGCUUUGUGGAAAUUCGACUUGAUUAAUGCUACUAGUCUUAUUUAGUUGUUACCUGUAACUCAGUGACUUUGGUCCUGAGAUCACAAAGUGCCAAAACAAUUUGCUCUGUACAGAAACUGUACAAAUCUCUAUUUUGUAAUGUAAAGUGUUGUUGCACUGUGUUUAUUAAGUUCUGUAAGUUGAUUUAUAGAAGUGGAUUUAUUAGGGGUUGAAUGAAAGUCUUCUGUGCCCAUAAAGUUUAUUUACUUUUG